CUUCGCACUGGCAGCGGUACGAGCGGGCGUCCAUUUUGUUUCGCCAUAUUGAAUUUGGUCGGACAUCUUUGGACGCCAUGUUUAGUCAGACAUAUUUUAUAAACAUUUUCGCGUAAAUUUCAAAUAUUUUUGAGGACUAAAUAUCGUUUUUUUUUUCACUGAAGUGUGUAGAGUAAAUUAUUGUGAAAAUUACCUAGAAAAAUUCAGUGCCUACGCAGCAGCCCAUAACUGUCUUUAGGGGGCCGUUCAGCUUUUGUGCAAAGCUAAAUAAAGAUUGAAUGAAAAAUGAUGAACCAGGAGAUUAUGUGCGAAGUAGAGAUAAACUCACAUGGAUCAAUGGUAGAAAUUGAUAAUGAUGAUCAAGUGGGUGUCAAGUAUGAAGAAAUAGAAACAAGUCAAUAUGAAGAAUAUAUCACUGAUGAUCAAUAUGAGGAAGUGGAAGAACAAGUCAUUGGUAUGCAGCAUUUGGAAGAAGAUUAUAAAAUUACAGUUGGUAGCGAAGAAGUUAUCCUGCCAGGGAUGGCAGGAGAUGACCCUUUGCAUAAUGCUAAUGAAGUUAGCUAUGAUUCAGUAUAUACACCUGCAUCUACAAGUAAUAAUAAUAAUAGAGCAAAUCGUGGGCGGCCACACACACAACAACAAAGUAUUCAGCAUUUAAUGCCAAUAGGUGAAGUACCAAUGGGUAUAAUGGAUGGAACAACUAAUAGAGGCACUGCAAGAAGAUGGGAACAGAAGCAGGUUCAAAUAAAGACUAUGGAAGGAGAGUUCUCUGUCACUAUGUGGGCAACUGGCGAAGAUGACGAUGACGGAUCAAAUCCAGAACCAGAUCCAGAUUACACAGAAUAUAUGACUGGUAAAAAGAAUGUACUAGGAAAUGAUGCUAUGCCAGGUUUAGAUUUAUCAGACCCAAAACAGCUAGCGGAAUUUGCUCGACCUGGACACAAAAUAAGACUGAAGAAACCGUCUCCUGAAUCGUCAGAUAGAACUAUAGCUUGUCCACAUAAAGGGUGUGCAAAAAUGUUCAGAGACAAUUCGGCGAUGAGGAAACAUUUACAUACACAUGGACCAAGAGUACAUGUUUGUGCAGAAUGUGGAAAAGCUUUUGUAGAAAGCUCGAAGUUAAAACGCCAUCAAUUGGUUCACACUGGUGAGAAGCCGUUUCAAUGCACUUUUGAGGGAUGUGGAAAGAGAUUCUCACUAGACUUUAAUUUAAGAACUCAUGUCCGCAUUCACACUGGUGAUCGACCAUAUGUGUGUCCAUUCGACGGGUGUAAUAAAAAGUUCGCACAGAGUACAAACCUCAAGUCGCAUAUAUUGACCCAUGCCAAAGCAAAAUCAAGAAACUCCUUAUCUCGCAACAGUGGGGCGGCAUAUGAUUCAGCCCGAACAACACCUCAAUAUGUCAAGUUGGAAAUGUCGCCGGACGAUUCUAACCCUCAACUAAUAUUCUACACACAUGAAUGAGACUUAAGUGAUAGUGAAGUGUAAAGUGUACAGACUUUUAUAUUUAGUGAAGUGUAAAUGGAGUUUGGAAUGGAUAUCAAUUUCAGGUUAUGUUGGAUUUCAAUUGAAUUAUAAGAAACAUUAAAAUUUUAAAAUAUAACAAUACAAUAAAAACUGAAAGUGAAAUGUGUGAUACUGGUGUUAGCACAUACAGAUAUUUGAAUACAAGUGAGUAAAGGUGUUUAUUUUUUUUUAAUGUUAAAGUCAUGUAUGUGAUACAUCAAAUAUAGCUUGGAGUUGCCUGUAAUUCAAAGACAUAUUUGUUUCAAAGAGCAUUAAAACAUUAGAUAAAAGAUUGAAUAAAUAAAAAACAAUAUUAUUUUUUUGUGUGUGUCAUGGGUUGUUAAAACAAUAAAAAAGAAUUAACAUAAUAUGUUAAAUGAUCUUGUGAAACAACUUUUUUUUCGGACACAAACUUUCAAUGUUUGUAAAUAGCUUGAAUCAACCUAAAUGUUUACUGAACUUAAGCCUAGUUUCGAGCUUAAUUAAAUGUCUACUUUAACAAACAUCUAUGUCAAUUAAGUAUAAAAGCUUAAAUAUGAUUGCUUUGCCUGGUAACAUGUGGCUUUCAUUUUAAGCAGCUCUAACAAAUUAAUUGAAAUAUAAAUUGAAUUUUCUUAGUACCACCAUUUAUUUAUUAAAACAGUACCUUUAACGCAAAUACAGAUAGAUACAAUACACAUAGAUUUUUUUUACUCCAUGAAUCUAAAAAAAAGCAGUUUUAUUUUUUGUUUUUUAACACCUAUUAAAUGUUUUCUGCCAAGAACUAACAUUAAUGCUUAAUGUGACUUGUCUGUUUGUGCUAAAAGUUUUUGCAGGAUCACUGAUAUGUGUAAAUAGUGUGCUAUGUGAUACAAAGUUUAUUUACACUAAAAGUGUGGUAGUCAUCAACUUUGACAGAUUGAACUUUUAAGAUGUGAUUCAAACAUAAAUUUAUGUAAAUAAAAGGUAAAUAUACCAAGUAUAACUGAAUAAUCGUUAAUAAAUUAUUGUGUUCAUAAAUAUCAAAGCAAUGGUUUUGAACACUUUUAUUAUUUAUAACAAUUUAAAUUGCAAUUCACAUCUUAAACUGUAAAUGUUACUGAUCAAUAAAAUAUUUUGCAGUAGAAUUGAACUAAUCCUGAAUGAACUCCUGAAAACUUUAAAUUUUAGAAAAAAAUCUUUUAAAAAGAAUCAACUGUUGUCUAGUUUAGUUUAAAAGAUUUAUGCUUAAUUCCAUCUUAAGAGUUACAAAUAUUUUUAGUAAUAUUGCAAUAGAUAUAUUUAUUUAGUUCAUUGAGUUUUAUUUUGAAUGAAUGACAAAACAAUUUCAAAUAUAAUUUUCAAAGAUAAUAUAUACAGGUUUAGAAAAGUGUAUAUAAUAAUUAUUAUAGUAAAGGCAACACAAAGUGAAUUGUAGAUCAAGCUAUUUAGGCAAACCAAUUUAUUGUGAAAGAUAUUUAGUUUUUUCAGUAAGUACUCAAAAAUAAAAACACUUUAGUUUGAAGGUUUUGAUCAAAGUUUAUUGAAGGUAUUAUUAUUAAUAAUUAUUUAGUUUUCCUAUGACAUAAACAAAAUGUCAUCAAUGUAAUUGAAAGUCUUAUUUUUCUUACUUUGUUUUAGGAUUGCACAUAAAGCCUUUUGUGUAUUAAGUAUCUGUAAAAAAAAAUUGAUGCAAUAAAAUUCCUUUGGUGGUUCUUCAUCAGUCUUAGUUUGUGAUUUUAUAAUAAAAUUCAUGUCAUGAGAUGUUAAGGUUUAUAAAAAUACAUGUCCAUACAUUUUAGAUAGUGUUUAUUUUACUAAUGUAAAUGAGCCAGUUAAUAAAUAUGAAAUUUAAAGACCAAAUGUUUUGGGGCAAAUUCAGACCUUGACAGCUCUGUAAUGGAAAAUGAUACAUAUAGAUUUUUAUUAUGAAUUAUAUAUAAAAGCCGCCAACACCAAAAGUAAUUAUACAUACAUACAUGUAAAGUAGUCCCUCAACUAGUAAGAAUAUCCUGAGCAAAAAAUAGUCUGAUAAUCAUUUGAAAUCCAGAGUAAUGUAUUUUUAGUGAUGUUAAUAUUAGUUUUGUAACUCAUAGCCAAAAAGUGAUGAAUUUUAAAUAAUAGAUAAAUUUGUGUAAGAAUGUAAAUCAAACCAAUCAUCAACUGAUAUGGAGCACAAUGUCACACUUGCUGAUAUAAUUUAAUACUAAAACAGUCAUUAUAAUUAGAUGUACGAAUAUAUUAUUUCAAUGUGUUUUAGAACCAAGUCUUUCAUAAACUUUUUUUUAAUCGACUGAUGUACAUAUAUUUUAAGGUUGUUGCAAUAUUUAAAAAAUGUAGUUAAGAAUUGUAAAAAGAUUUAUUGUUUGAUUUUUGUUUGGUUUAAAUAUUGCAACACCGAUUGUUUUAACAAUCUAAGUAUAAUAAAUACAAUGUAAAUAUUUCUA